CACAUGUCAUAAUUCCGCCCUGAAUUAAUCAGCGGACUUUAUCGCUAGUUACCUAGUUAAUCAGUUCUCAUGUUCAAUGUCCUGUAAAUCUCACAUUGCCAAUCUGUAAACAUAGACAUAGCGAUCGAGUGUAACAUAUCUUAAAGAUGUUUUAUACAACGCCCCUCAUCAUCAACGGCAAAGACGUAACGUCUUCGUCGACUUUCCCUGUCAUCUCCCCCUCAUCACACCAGCAAAUAUGGAGCGCAUCCGCUGCCUCGCUGUCCGACGUAUCGUCGGCGAUUGAAGCCGCCCAAGCAGCACUACCACAAUGGUCGAAGACAAAGCCCGCUGCGAAGCGAGACAUCUUCCUCAAAGCCGCCGACAUUUUCCAGUCGCGUGCUUCCGAGUUAGGGAAGUACAUGAUGGAGGAGAUGGGCGCAGAGGCCGGCUUCAGUAGUGGUUUCAAUGUCCCCUUGGCGGCUGAUAUGAUGAGAGAUGUAGCAGGUCGUGUGGGGACGGUGACUGGAUAUAUUCCAACGUGCGCACAAGAAGGUACCGCAGCAUUGGUUGUGAAAGAACCCUACGGCGUGGUUCUCGGAAUUGCGCCCUGGAAUGCGCCAUACAUCCUGGGAACGCGCGCAGUCCUCUACGCGCUCGCGGCAGGCAACACCUGCAUCCUAAAAGGCUCUGAGCUCUCGCCGCGCUGUUUCUGGGCCAUCGGCUCGGUGUUGAACGAGGCUGGCCUCCCACCAGGCGCCCUAAACGUCCUGUACCACCGCCCGGAAGAUGCAGCGCAAAUCACCACCGCGCUCAUCGAACACCCGGCUAUCAAGAAGAUCAACUUCACCGGAUCUACUGGCGUUGGACGAAUCAUCGCAUCAACUGCUGGUAAGCACCUCAAGCCGGUUCUUAUGGAGCUUGGUGGUAAAGCCUCUGCGAUUGUGCUCGAUGAUGCAGACUUGAAUAAAGCGGCUACGCAAUGCGCGCUUGGUGCGUUCCUUAACUCCGGCCAAAUCUGCAUGUCCACGGAGCGCAUUCUUGUUCACAAAGCUGUGAAACCCCAAUUCAUCGAAGCGUUCAAGGGCGCAGUCGAAGGCAUCUUUGGAGGCGACAAACCAGCGCCUGUUCUCGUGGCCUCCGCCGGAGUCGAUAAGAAUAGAAUUUUGAUUCAGUCGGCAAUCCAAUCUGGAGCGAAGCUUAUCCAUGGGGAUCAUAGUAAAAUAGAAGCUCACCCGGAGACCAAAGAGGUUUCGAGAACCCGGAUGCGCCCUAUCAUUAUUGAUGGCGUGACAAAGGAAAUGGACAUCUAUCAAACGGAAUCAUUCGGGCCGUCUGUUUCCAUCAUCGAGAUUUCAAGCGAGGAAGAGGGGAUUGAAAUCGCGAAUGACACGGAGUACGGCUUGACUGGUGCCGUUUUCACGGAGAAUCUGGCACGGGGAAUCAGGGUUGCGAGACAGAUAGAAAGCGGCGCCGUGCAUAUCAAUGCUAUGACUGUUCAUGACGAAACUGGCCUGCCUCACGGAGGCGCGAAAUUGAGUGGUUGGGGAAGAUUCAAUGGAAAUUGGGGAAUUGAGGAAUUCUUGCGCUUGAAAACGAUUACGUAUCAAGAGUAAGGUGUAAAUUCAAUCGAGGCAUCUUGCAGGUGGACACAGAUCUUCGUCCACGAGUUUUGACGAUUCUCUCGUUCUAAGAAAGUUACUUUACAGGAUAAGAAGACCCAAGGAUCACAAUGGCAAUAGACCAAUUUCCACCCAACUACAAUAAUAUUGGCCUGUUUACCUCGAUUCGAUCGAAUUUCCCAUGAGAUGAUCAUCUCAAACUCUACUUCGAAAGUCCGUCGGCAGCCAGCGUGCGAGGAUUGAGUCUGAUCACUUUUCCGUUAAGC